AUGCUAGAGGACCCCGAUGAGCUAGCGGUACUGGAAGAGAUCCAACAGGAAUUGAUCUUGCAAGAACAGUCGGUGAUAGAAGAGUACGAGCGAAGUCUGCAGUUUGAUGAAGAAUGUCUCAACGCGAUGCUUGAUGGCUUGGAUGUCAGCGACAAGGUCAUCUGCCCAGUGUGUAGAAAGAAUAACCUGACUGUGCGGAAUCACUUGGUUUUUUGCCAGUGUGGAUUAUACAUCAGCACGCAGGGUAUGACAGAAGGGAAGCUUCGGUCACUUCUAGAAAACACUGUAACGGAGCACAGUGACAGGUGCUUUCACAACCCAGAGUUCACAGUUACCAGUGGAAUGGAGGAAGAAGCAGCCAGUCUUCUCAUGAGCUGUCCGGUCUGUGACUCCUGGACGAUUCUCCUCUAAGUUGAUUCAGCUGCUGCUUUUUUACUGGAAGGACUUCAAGGCUAGAAAUCCACCCAGAGCAUGUUUUUAUGUAUGUACUUGUAACUGCUGUGUCAAAAAGAUACUUGAAAGGGCGGUAGCACUGCCUUGACCCGCACUUUUGAUGGCACAGUAUAUGUUUUGAAAUAAAUAUACUUACU